AUGACAUCACAGCAAAGAACCCCAGGCCCAUCACCACGAGAGCUCUCCUCGGCCCAUCACCACGAGAGCUCUCCUCGGCCCAUCACCACGAGAACUCUCCUCGGCCCAUCACCACGAGAGCUCUCCUCGGCCCAUCACCACGAGAGCUCUCCUCGGCCCAUCACCACAAGAGUUCUCCUCGGCCAAUCACCACAAGAGUUCUCCUCGGCCCAUCACCACAAGAGUUCUCCUCGGCCCAUCACCACAAGAGUUCUCCUCGGCCCAUCACCACGAGAGCUCUCCUCGGCCCAUCACCACAAGAGUUCUCCUCGGCCAAUCACCACAAGAGUUCUCCUCGGCCCAUCACCACAAGAGUUCUCCUCGGCCCAUCACCACAAGAGUUCUCCUCGGCCCAUCACCACUAGAGUUCUCCUCGGCCCAUCACCACGAGAGUUCUCCUCGGCCCAUCACCACGAGAGCUCUCCUCGGCCCAUCACCACGAGAGCUCUCCUCGGCCCAUCACCACGAGAGCUCUCCUCGGCCCAUCACCACAAGAGCUCUCCUCGGCCCAUCACCACAAGAGUUCUCCUCGGCCCAUCACCACAAGAGUUCUCCUCGGCCAAUCACCACAAGAGUUCUCCUCGGCCCAUCACCACAAGAGUUCUCCUCGGCCCAUCACCACAAGAGUUCUCCUCGGCCCAUCACCACAAGAGCUCUCCUCGGCCCAUCACCACAAGAGCUCUCCUCGGCCCAUCACCACAAGAGCUCUCCUCGGCCCAUCACCACAAGAGCUCUCCUCGGCCCAUCACCACAAGAGCUCUCCUCGGCCCAUCACCACAAGAGCUCUCCUCGGCCCAUCACCACAAGAGCUCUCCUCGGCCCAUCACCACAAGAGCUCUCGUCGGCCCAUCACCACAAGAGCUCUCCUCGGCCCAUCACCACAAGAGCUCUCCUCGGCCCAUCACCACGAGAGCUCUCCUCGGCCCAUCACCACGAGAGCUCUCCUCGGCCCAUCACCACGAGAGCUCUCCUCGGCCCAUCACCACGAGAACUCUCCUCGGCCCAUCACCACAAGAGUUCUCCUCGGCCCAUCACCACAAGAGUUCUCCUCGGCCCAUCACCAGGAGAGCUCUCCUCGGCCCAUCACCACGAGAGCUCUCCUCGGCCCAUCACCAGGAGAGCUCUCCUCGGCCCAUCACCAGGAGAGCUCUCCUCGGCCCAUCACCACAAGAGUUCUCCUCGGCCCAUCACCAGGAGAGCUCUCCUCGGCCCAUCACCAGGAGAGCUCUCCUCGGCCCAUCACCAGGAGAGCUCUCCUCGGCCCAUCACCAGGAGAGCUCUCCUCGGCCCAUCACCAGGAGAGCUCUCCUCGGCCCAUCACCAGGAGAGCUCUCCUCGGCCCAUCACCACGAGAGCUCUCCUCGGCCCAUCACCAGGAGAGCUCUCCUCGGCCCAUCACCAGGAGAGCUCUCCUCGGCCCAUCACCACAAGAGUUCUCCUCGGCCCAUCACCAGGAGAGCUCUCCUCGGCCCAUCACCAGGAGAGCUCUCCUCGGCCCAUCACCAGGAGAGCUCUCCUCGGCCCAUCACCAGGAGAGCUCUCCUCGGCCCAUCACCAGGAGAGCUCUCCUCGGCCCAUCACCAGGAGAGCUCUCCUCGGCCCAUCACCACGAGAGCUCUCCUCGGCCCAUCACCAGGAGAGCUCUCCUCGGCCCAUCACCAGGAGAGCUCUCCUCGGCCCAUCACCACAAGAGCUCUCCUCGGCCCAUCACCACGAGAGCUCUCCUCGGCCCAUCACCACGAGAGCUCUCCUCGGCCCAUCACCACGAGAGCUCUCCUCGGCCCAUCACCACGAGAGCUCUCCUCGGCCCAUCACCUCACAUAG